CUGCCCUGCCCUGCCCUGAGCUGAGAGAGGGCGGCGCGGUCGUGUCAGUACAGGUAUAAGGGAGGAAUGCGAGAAUUACUCACAGUGACUAACACCUGAACAGCUAAAGCUUCAUCAGCCCCAGAGCUCAGCCACUCCAACUCUGCUCAGCCAUCCGCUCAGCACCUACACGGGAGACAGAAGAGGGAAAGAAAGGAAGAAAAAAAAGAAAGAAAGAGAGAAAAAAAGAAAGAAAGAAAGAAAGAGGGAGAGAGGGAGAGAGGGAGAGAGCAGUUGCUGUUUGGUCCGGAGGAGGAACCGAAGUUUGGGAGAAAAGGAGAUGGAACACGGGAGGAUAUGGUGUUCAGUGGUGAUAGUUAUCCUGUUGGGAGCUGUGUGCCGGGGACAGAGUGUCAAUCGUUGCUGGACGAGUCGAGCUAAGAAUUGUACUGCAUGUAUCCAAAUAGCCAAGGAAUGUUCCUACUGUGCAGAUGAGAAAUUUCCUUCCUUCAGAUGUGAUCUUGAGAAAAACCUGGAAGAUCAAAACUGUAAAAAGAUUGUCCAAAUGCACAGUUCGAUUAACAUAGUGAAGGAAACGGGUAUUAACAUCAACUUGAAUGAAACCCAGAUCUCGCCACAGGAGGUCAUUGUAAAUCUGCGGGCAGGCGAUGAGAAGACAUUGAACAUGAUGGUCUUCCACCCAAAGAGAGCUCCUUUAGAUUUAUAUUUUCUUAUGGACUUCUCCAACUCUAUGAGUGAUGACUUGGAUAACUUGAAAAAACUGGGCAAUAAACUGGCUGACGUUUUGUCCUUCAUGUCCUCUAACUACCAGAUUGGCUUUGGGAAAUUUGUUGAUAAAGUGACUGUUCCACAGACUGACAUGAGACCCUCGAGGCUUAAGGAACCUUGGCCCAACAGUGAUCCCCCAUUUUCUUUCAUAAAUGUAAUUCAAUUGACACCAAAUACAGACCAGUUCACUAAGAAACUGGAGAAGGAGAGGAUUUCUGGGAAUCUUGACGCACCCGAAGGUGGAUUUGAUGCAAUCCUUCAGGUUGCUGCAUGUAGGAAUCAAAUUGGUUGGAGAGACCACACCACUCACCUGCUAGUGUUCUCAACGGAGUCGGCCUUUCAUUAUGAGGCAGAUGGCUCCAAUGUGCUCUCUGGGAUCUUGAAACGCAAUGACGAAGCCUGUCAUCUGGACAGUAGUGGCAAAUACACGUAUGAUACUGAUCAAGAUUACCCAUCAAUCCCAACCCUCAUCCGGCUGCUGGCUAGAGAAAGUAUCAUCCCGAUCUUUGCUGUUACUAACCAUUCCUAUAGUUACUAUAAGCAAUUGAGCCAAUAUUUCCCUGUGUCUCAUGUUGGCCUGCUCCAGGAAGAUUCAUCCAACAUAAUUGACUUGUUAAAGAGUGCAUUUAAGAAAAUCCACUCGAAGAUGGAAAUUCAAGCUCAACGGGUUCCCAAAACAAUUAAGUCUGAAAUCACAUCUUCGUCAUCCAUCAAGCUUGAGAGUCAAUCAUCCACCUUCAAAGUGCCCCCAGGGGAAGUGGGCAAUUUUAAAGUCAAGCUGAAAGCUCUGGAGAACAUUAAUGGAGAACAUGUGUGUAAGAGGCCAUGGGAGGACAAAGCAGGAACAAUAAUCAUCAAGCCCAGCACCUUCACAAGUGCUCUGCAAAUAAAGACUUCCGUGAUCUGUGAUCAGUGUCAAUGUGAACUGGAAUCGGAGAAGAACUCGGCCAAAUGUAAUUUUAAUGGUGACUAUGGCUGUGGACACUGUUUGUGCCACGAUAAUUGGCACGGUGAAUUCUGCAACUGUUCGGGAGUGCCAACGGAUAUCAGUAAAGACUGUAUUAAUGCUGACAGCAACUCAACCGAAUCCUGCUCUGGUAAUGGUAAAUGCUACUGUGGGGUUUGCUUCUGUGAUCAAUCAGAGAACAGUCUGGAAAUAUUUGACGGAAAAUACUGUCAGCACAGCAACUUGAACUGCCCACGGCAUGGUGGCUUUAUGUGUAAUGACCGCGGUCGGUGUUCUGAAGGGAAAUGCAAGUGUAUAAGUGGCUGGGAAGGCCAUUCAUGUGAAUGUCCCAUCAGUACUGCUACCUGCAUUGAUUCCAAAGGGGGAAUCUGUAAUGGAAAAGGAGCUUGUGUAUGUGGAAGAUGUAAAUGUAAUGAAAAGGAUGUAGGUCAAACCUGCGAGUCUAUUCACACUCUGCGUUUGCUGGGGCUCUGUGAGGAUAUCCGUACCUGCGUUCAGUGCAAAGCCUGGAAGACUGGGGAGAAGAAAGGAAAAGAAUGUGACCAGUGUCCCAAUGAGGUUGUAAUGGUGGAAGAAUUGAAAAAAGAUGAACUGGUAGAUGAUCACUGCAGUUUUCGAGAUGAAGAGGAUGACUGCAUGUAUCAUUACACCGUGAAAAGUAAUCCGGGCAGAAACGAGACGAUUGAGAUCCAGGUGCUAGACAAGAAAGAAUGUCCCCCAGGUGGCUUCCUCUGGCUCAUCCCACUUAUCAUAGGUCUAAUACUCUUGCCGUUUCUCCUGGGCCUCCUCUGUUGGAAGUAUUGUGCUUGUUGUCAGGCAUUCUGUGCAAGGUUGCCAUGCUGUGCAAUGCUGCCAUGCUGUAAGCAAGGUACAAUGGUUGGAUUCAAGGAAGACCACUACAUGUUGCGUCAGAGCAUGCUCACGUCUGAUUCGGUGGAUACACCAAUGGUUCGGACUAACAAACUGAACGGAAGAGAUGUUGUGAAGUGGAAGGUGACAGACAAUGUACAUCGACCAAUGCCUCUCUCCGCACCACCUCCCAACCCUAAAGAUACUGUCCUGUACAACCUAUCACUACGAAUGGCCCGACACUUCAGUGAGAGUCUGAAGAAACCGGACUCGAUGGACCACGACCUGCUGCGGAAAAGUGUGGAGGAGAAUCUUAAUGAUGUGUAUCAGAAAAUCCCAGGCAUACAGCCCGUGCAGAAAACCAGGUUCAGACUUCAACCAAAUUCAGGAAAGAGGCAGAACUUAACCAUUGUUGACACACAGUGCGGCCCGCGCUCUGCCGAGCCGGACAUUUUGAGAAUGACCGAGAAGCACGUCAACCUAUCAAAGUUCGGUGACAUGAAAGUCAUGCCUGGAUAUUAUACAGUGGCCUCUGAUCGAGAAGCUUAUGGGCUCGUGGAGUUCCAGGAAGAUGUUGAAACUGUGGAUGUCCGUGUUCCACUCUUCACCAAGGAAGAGGACGAUGAUGAGAAGCAGUUGCGGGUGGAGGCGGUGGAUGUUCCAGAGGGAACUGCUGAGAUCGGCAAGCGCUUUGUUGACAUCACGAUCAUCAAGGAAGACGCCAAAAGCAUUGUCUCGUUCUUGAAGCCAAAUUAUACGUACCGUCGACUGGACAAGGUGGCCAACAUCCCACUCCUCCGGCAGAUAAUGGAAGACGUGCGGACUCAGGUCUCCUACAGAACACGAGACCUCACCGCUAAAGAUGGCACAGAUUACAUUUAUACAGAGAACGAGCUCACAUUCCUCCCUAAAGAGACUCGCAAAGAGGUUCCUGUCAAACUCCUUGAACUGACAGAGGUCGACUCCCUCCUCGGAAACCAACAGAUCAAACAAUUCAUCAUGGAACUGUACAACCCCAGAAAUGGAGCGAAGCUCGGGGAAUAUCCUCGCACCACCAUCACGAUCGCUGAUGACAAUGAGAGGGCAGCAAAAAUGCCAAACCAGCAAGCUAUGAUUUCCAUCAACUCUCCGCCACUCAACGCAAAAGCUCAACCAAUCGACAGCAAGAGAAUCCGUGUAAAUUGGACCCCACCUCCUGGCAAGCCAACAGGAUACAAGGUCAAGUAUUGGGUUGAAGGGAAUGAGAGUUCCCCUCAGGUCGUAGAUACGAAAACUCCUUACACUGAGCUCACCAACCUCAAUCCAGACACUGACUAUGAGAUGGACGUUCUCGCUUACAACGCUUCGGGUUCUGGGCCUCGCUCAGAAGUCAUCCGGUGCCAUACACCAGAGGAACCAAGAGCAGACACAUUGCUUGGCCAAUCUGUGGUUCCCAUCAACGUCCCACCUCUCAAUGUAAAAGCUCAGGCAAUCAACAGCAAGGCAAUCCGUGUAAAUUGGACUCCGCCUCCCGGAAAGGCAUUAGGAUAUAAGGUCAAGUAUUGGAUCGAAAGUGAUGAGAACAGAACAGAAGUCAUAGAUACAAAAAAUACUUACGCUGAACUCACCAACCUUUACCCUUACUGUGACUAUGAGAUGAACGUGUGCUCUUACAACUCUCUGGGUAAUGGUCCCUGCUCCGAAAUCAUUCAGUGUCGUACACCAGAGGAUCUUCCAAAUGAACCUGGUCGACUGGCCUUCAAUGUCAUUUCGCCAACCGUCACACAAGUGAGCUGGGCAGAGCCUUCAGAAUCCAAUGGGGAAAUCACUGAUUAUGAAGUGACCUACACAAUGGUGACUGAUGAGAACAUACCCAAAGGCCACAGAAAGACGGUGAUGAUAAACAAUCCAAAGAAGCGUAUGAUACUCAUCGAGAAUCUGAACAAAGACCAGCCGUAUUGCUACACAGUUCGGGCGAAGAAUGGAGCCGGCUGGGGACCAGAACGAGAAGCCACCAUGAACCUAUCAACCCAACCAAAGCGACCAAUGUCCAUCCCCAUCAUCCCUGAUGUGCCCAUCAUCGACGCUGAAGCCCACGAUGAGUAUGAGAAUUACCUGAUGUACAGCAGUGAUGUCUUGCGAUCGCCUAGGAGUGGAAGACCGAGCAUUUCCUCUGAAGCAGGAGACAUGCAGAUGAAUGGAAGAUGGGACAUGAGCUAUUCUGGCAGUGCCAGCAAUACCCUCACCAAGAACACCACGACAUCCUACAAUCAAUUCAGCUCCAUGACAACGGGUCAGAGCAGGGUGAUGGGUGGAACCUCCUUAACGUUAGAUACUCUCACCACCACCAAAUCAGGAUCAGGAAUGUCGAUGUAUGGGAACGAGGGAGUUAACUACACGGUCAGACAGAAAAUGGUUGGAGGGAGAACUCGCACUGAGUCUGAGGACGUGAAUGAGGCACUUGAGAACCUGGAGAUGGUUCUCCAGGACAAUCGAUUGUCCCCUGGAGUCCCAGAUACCCCAACACGCCUGGUGUUUUCUGCUCUGGGACCAACCUCCCUGAAAGUAAGCUGGCAGAAGCCUCAGUGUGACAAGGAGGUACACGGCUACCGUGUCACCUAUCAGUCACUCCAAGGAGGUGAAUCAAAAUCCAUUGAUGUCGCAGAAUCCAGUGAAAACGCCAUGAUCAUCAAUGAUCUUCUGCCCAACCACUCCUACAUGUUUAAGGUGAAGGCAAUGAGUGAGAACGGGUGGGGCCCGGAGCGAGAAGGCGUCAUCACCAUCGAAUCCAAGGUCGAUCCCAUGAGCCCACUCAGCCCAGUGCCAGGCUCUCCCUUCACACUGAGCACACCCAGUGCUCCAGGGCCGCUGGUGUUUACAGCUCUCAACUCCGAGGUACUGAAGCUGAGCUGGGAGAAACCGCGUAAACCAAAUGGGGCCAUCUUGGGUUACUUAGUGACAUGUGAACCAAUGGAUGGAGAAGGUGAGACCAACACCUACAAUGUGGAGGGAGAUGAUGCAGAGAUGACGCUGACGGUUCCUCACCUGAGUGAAAACAUUCCCUACAAGUUCAAAGUACAAGCAAAGACAACUCAAGGGUACGGCCCUGAGCGAGAGGGCAUCAUCACCAUUGAGUCUCAGGAUGGAGGUAACAUGACAGAGUACACAAAGGAGAUGGUAAUGAGACAUGAUGGGUAUCCUGGAGGUAUGAACGUACAGACCAGUAUGAUGCACACCACAUUCGACCCCUUCUUCUCAGAUGAAAUGAGUAUUACCACACAAAGAAUGGAGAGUGGAAGUACUGUCACCCAACACGUCACAAAAGAGGUCAUGACGAGGACAAUGAUGUCAAGUGGCACGGUCACCAAACAGGUAGAGAGGAACUUCUAUGAAGCCUGAUUCCAUGGAGCCUGGAAUCUUUGGACCGACUGCUGCAGAUUUGCUUUGCUAAACUACAUCAUUGAGAGAGCUACAAAGCUAGUCAUCACUUUGUGGCUUUCAGUUUAUUGUCAGCUCACACAUGGUAACAGUUGCCAAAUCAUUAUGGUAGCAGAUGGUUGAAAUUACUAUGAUGUGUGUGGCUGCUCCCAUCUGUGCUCUGCUCUUCACCACCGCUCGAUGUGCCGUGAUUUAUUCAUUGAUGUUUUCUGGUCUGCGUGGAGAUCACUAUGAGGCUCUGGAAUCAUUUUGUUUUUCCUGAAGCGUGUUGCUCAAUGUUUGCAUUGCCAUGAACUUCAUCUCCCUCUCAACAUGCAAAUGGGUGCCCUCAAUUCUGGCCUUUCUCGGGAACAUAUGUACGGACAACAGGGUGACUGUGCUCUUUCUUACAUAUCACAUAUUCCACGGCUCUUAUGUACAGGUGGCUUGAAGGGCCGAGUGGCCCUCUUCAGCAUCUAGCGGGCUUUGUUAUUACCAACAGAGAGAUCGCUCUCUCUCAUCAAUUCUAGGACUCGCCAUCUGACUGUAGAUUGGGUCAGAAGCAUGUGCCAUGCCUCACACUGACAUGUUUUUAUAUAUGGUGUUAAUGUCUAUUAAUCCAUGCGGAAUGUCUGAAAAGCUUUCAGGUGCAUCUGAAUCAAGUUAAGAAGAGAAAAGCUCUGUUGAAUGUGGGUGUGAAGAGUAACUUUGCAUUCUAUGAGUAUGAAGAGUAACUGUAUUCUAUGAGGUUUUAAGUCACAUUUUGCUCUAUGGGGGCCACAAAUAAUUGUCUUUCUCCCUGGGCGACAACCUUCUGUGCAGUUCCUGGUCACACGCUGUCUGUCUUCUUUUAUAAACAGCUUAUGCUCUCGCCAACAGUUGCUGACUUACAAAACAAACAUUUGACGCAGUCCCUUAUCACGUCUGAUUGUAAACGUCAUGCGAUUUUUUUCACUCUUGAUCCAUAACCACUCAUAAGAAAACUGCUCACUCAACAGUGAGACAUUCUGUCUGUUCAGUUGUUGAAACUUGGAACAAAUGGUAUAUAAGGAGCAUUGUGAGAUAUCAGGAUUGAUAGAUUUGGGGAAUGUGCAGUAAUUUGGGAAUAUGAUUGGCGAGUUAAGGAAUAUUCUUCCAUUUUUCCCUGGUUGUCAUGUUUCUACGUCUCUUUGUCCAUUUCAAUUGAAGUCACUGAUCAUUUUUGUUCCACUUGUCUUUCAAUCCCUAACAUGUGUCUUUGGGUGUUGAAUUUGAGGUGGAUUCUCCCAGUCUGUCAAUGAGCGAAGAAUAACCCCCCCUCCCCUCACCCCAGGGGCAUUUUAACCCCCCCCUCACUCCAGGGGCAUUGUCUUAUUACUCCCCUGGUGAUUGAAAUGUACUAAACCGCACACCAUUACUUCACUUGGAUGCAUUUUAAUUUCAUAUUUCAUGCUGUGUGAUCAAAAUGCUAUCACAGUCCUCGAAGGAUAUCCUAUGUGCAGACACGGUAUUACUUUAAUGUAUUUAUAUUUUAACCUGUCUGGAAUAUCUUUUAUAUGAGCAGCCUCCUUCAGUAUUGUGAUGCUUUACUUCAUUUUCUGUGUGUGUGUGUGUGUGUAUUAAGUUCACUGGUACUGCUGUAAUAAGAUUUGUGUUCACCUGCUCUGAAAACACACACUGGGAACUUCUCAGACAAGAACAUAUCUCAACUGACUGAUAGCUAACUUACUGUUGAUAUCCAGAAUGUGGAUUUGCUCUGUUCAGUGAAAAUUGUCUAGUCAUUGCAAAAUCUAAACUUGUUUAACCAGUAAGGCCUUGCCUUGUCCAGUUCAACACUGCCCUUUCAACAGCAUAGGGCUUUGUAAAUCUGAUAGAAAAUUUCUAUUGCACUUAUUGUAAUAAUAUAAUAAACUGUCUUACCACA